AUGAAUGUGUGUCUCACGAGCUUUGCUUUGUCCCAACGAUUCGGUGCCAUUUUCUGCGCGUGCUGUCUCUGUCAGGCCAGCACCCCGCUGUGGAAUGAGGUGUCCACGGCAGGCAGCGUCCCUGCGCGCUUCGACCUCUCCGGAGUCCUCACCCCAAGUGGGCGCGCCUAUGUGUUCGGUGGCGCAGACGCCAGCUCAGGUAGAUCCGACUUGUGGUACAUCGACAUGGAGGCAGACACGCCGACAUGGGUAGAGGUCCCAGCCUCAGGCAUCACACCACGACGGGGUCACAGUGCAGUGAUCAACGCUGCUGGCAUCAUGUGGGUCUUCGCCGGAGUUCACGAGAACAGCACCUACCAGGGCUGGUGGGAUGACGUCUGGACGAUCGAUUUGGAGGCCUCCACUCCGGCAUGGAGUCCAGUGAUCACCGCCUCAAGUCCGAGGGGUCGCGAUCGCCACAGUGCUGUGCUGCGCCCCACGGGCGAGAUGUGGGUCUUCGCUGGGUUUGCACAAACCUACAGCGAGAACGACUUGUGGCACAUCAACACCAUGGAGGCGUCUCCUUCUUGGACGGAGAUGACGGUCUCCGGCACGCUCCCUGCGGUUCGUGGCGGACACACUGCAGUGAUCAACCCAUCCGGGCGCAUGUUUGCUUUUGGCGGAGCGUCUGGGGCGGGUCAUUACAACGACCUCUGGUUUAUCGAUGUAGAGGCUCCAUCGCUUGAAUGGCAUGAAGUUGCGGUACUUGGCGGCCCUCCGCUUGCUCGAGACGGUGCUUCGGCGGCGCUCACCCCCACCGGCAAGAUGUGGAUCUUCGGCGGAUUCAGUCCCGGAACAGGUCACCUGAACGAUUUGUGGUAUGUGGACACGGAGGCCGGCAGCCCCUCAUGGACGGAGGUGUCCAUGGGCACAGCUCCAUCCGCCCGUGCUUAUCCCUAUGCCUUUCUAACUCCGGCCGGUCACAUGUAUAUCUUCGCUGGUGCAGGCGACAGUGGCCGAUUGGCAGACUCGUGGUUCGUCACCAUCGAGACCACUACCACCACUACCGCAACCUCUACUUCCACCGCAACCACGGCUACUUCGACGACAUCUUCUGGCACCGGCACCACCGUCACUACGUCCUCGUCGUCGUCAACAUCUACGACUACGAUAACAGCGACUUCAGCAACACAGACAGCUACAUCCACGGCCACAUCAUCAUCAACGUCUUCAACCUUUUCAACAACAUCCUCCACGAUCACAGGCACGACCACAACACAGACGGAAUCGUCAUCGUCAUCGUCAUCGUCAUCAACAUCCUCAGCGUCGACAACAACAUCCUCCACACUCACAACCACAACAACAACAACACAGACGAGUUCGAUGUCAACAUCAUCAACCUCGUCAUUUUCGACCACAACAUCCAUCACGAGCACCACGACAACACAGACGAGUUCACUAUCAACAUCAUCAACCUCGUCAUUUUCGACCACAACAUCUAUCACAAGCACAACAACAACACGGACUGAAUCAUCAUCACCAACAUCGACAUCUUCGACUUCGACACAGACCGAAUCUACGUCAACAUCUUUGUCUAUGACGACUUCGACUUCGAUGUCAACAUCUGUGUCUUCGUCAACUUCGAGAAGCACUUCGACAGCGCUGACUUCGACUAGCACUUCAUCGGACACCUUUACAACGACGAGCUCGAAAACGCGCUUCACAAGCUUCAGUGACGAGCUUCUCGAUGAGCUGCAGCGCAGCACCAACGUCCUGCUACGUACGGUGACGGACUUGGAGAACGCGACUGUGUCAGUAACAACCGAUUUCGGAAAGUUGAACGCGGUGAAGUUGACCCCAAGCUCGAGCAUGGUCGUGACCGUUCUGAACGAAAGCGCGGCUGCGGCAGUUCUGCCCGCAGAGGUCCUGCGGAGCGAUGCCUUGCUUGUCUUGACGAGCUUCGAAGACGAGGUCCUUCCUGCCGGGCAGAGACACCGGUCAUGGGCCUCGAGCCGGCCAAUCGAGGUUGCUGUGCCGGCCGUGGAUGUCACACUCAUUGAUCUGGACACGCUCCGCCCCAUCGAUGUGAGCCUUGAUCGUCCCAUGUACGUAAGGAUCGCAAGGGUUUCGCCCGAGCCGAACUGGAUCUGCGCUUAUCUGAAAGAUGAUGGCCUGGGCUGGUCCACUGAAGGCGUGCGCUUAGCGGCGCCAGGGGAGCUGGAGGCGGCUUUUGGGGCUCUCGCGGACACUUCCGGCGUCUGGUGUGCCACUCUUCACCUCUCCAUCUUCGCUGCUUUCGUCGACAUUCUACUGGAUUGCACGUCUGCCAAUUUGCUGACACCAGAUGGGCUCCAACAGAUCCUGGAGCGAGGGGACUGGUGGGUUCGAGUGCCGGCGGUGUCCCUUUGGCUGCUCUUAGCCGCCUCGCUGCUUUUGAUCCUCUUUGGUUAUCACAGUGAUCUGAAGGUCCGGCAAGCGGAGCUCUGGCGGGAGGACUUCUUUUUGGACGACGCUGCAAAGCCUUCCACGCUUUGCUCCUCGCUCCCUUGCCUUCGCUGCCUUUGCUGCCCAAAGGCAGAGGCAGCCGCUGCGGCCCCCGGCGAGCUCAGUGAGACGGAGGCACCGUCUCUCCGAGCUUCGCCGAUGAGCGUGCAGUGGCAGGAGCAGCGUGAAGAAGUCCUGAAGAGGCUGCAGCGGCUACGGCCAACUUGGACGUCAGGCUUGCAGGAACAUGCGAUCUGUCGCAAUACACUCUGUGAGGUGGGCCGUUCACUUAACCUUCACAUCACCUCCAUCGAAAGCCACAUAUGGGGUCGACAUGGAUGGGUACAGGGAAGCUUGGCCUUGCAACGAUCUCCAAAGCUCAGAGAAGUAGCUAUCGAGUUGGAAGAAAGGCUGCCAAGCGCUUACGUGCUCGUCCAUACUUCACACCUCCAUCGGCUUCGUGCUACAAUCCUGGCUUCACAUCCGGUGUACGAGCUGUGCAUGUUCGAUCUGCACAUGACGGCCGCAAAGCGGGCCAAAAUCUGCAUGGACUGCGUGAUGGGAUCUUUGUGCUUUGCUGCCCUCUUUUUUUCAGUAGACGGGUCGGCAUUGUCUGCCCGAAGCCCGGCCGAGUGCCCACUGGAGCAGGGAAGCCUCCCCUGGUACCUUUUCGUUGCGACCUUCUCGGUGCUCCUCAACUUCAUUCCAAGGAGUUUACAGAUUUGCCUCGCUCAGCGUGGCUUUGUGCGGACGAGUCUCUCCCCACACCAGCACCUAAUCCGAACUCGCUGCAAGGAUGUUGUAUUCUGGCUUUUUAGCAUCUGCCUGUCGACUUUCCACUUGCUUGUCAUCAUGGCAUUUCUUUCGGAUCUGGUGGAGUCUGACGAGUGGAAAUGGAUGUUUGCCUUUACAAUCGUGCUUGCACGAAAGCUGCUACUUGUGCCGCUGCUGGCCUGUGUGCUUUCAAGCCUGGGCACGCAACUGGCUGACUGCAGACAACCUGGGGGUGUCGCGGCACCACCAAAAAAGUUUGGACUUGAUUUGCAGCUUGCGAAAUCAGGAGAGGAUUCGGAAUCUCCUGUUUCUCAAGAGCGUGGGCCAGCCUGGGUAGCAAAGGUACAUGAGCUGGCUGGUCGCGGCAUAUCGCUGCGGCAGCUUCUGGAUUUCUAUGCAGAAUUGGGACAUAAUCUGACGGGCCAUUUCGAUCCAAAGAAGUCCACCACACAUGAUGUUGUGCGACAAUUCAUCAUCCCGAACUCGUUGGAUCUUCGAGAUGUGCACUUCUACACCAUACAGGUCCACCGGGCGACGGGCCUGGCAAAGCGAGAUGAGGUCGCGGGUCGUUCUGCUCCUUACUGCGUGGUCGUGGUACAAAGUGGAGCUGUGUCAAAGCCUUGGAAGGGUGGUGGCCGGACAUCUUGCAUCGAAAGCACACAAAACCCCGUUUGGGAGGAAGCAUUCCUGGUGGAGGACGUCCUUGACGAUGAAAGCCUUCAUUUCUCCAUCCGGGACCGCAACAGUGACGAUUGCCUUGGCAAGGUCGUGCUGCCAGUGCGGAGCAUGCGGGGUGGCAUGAGCGGCGAGCUCCUCGUAGAAGCCACCGAAGGGAGCAAGCUGCAGGUUUCCAUAGCCUCCCACGCGACACGAGCAGAAGCCCGAAAACGGCUUGCACGCCUGCAGGAGGCCGCAAUCGUUGGAGGAGAAGACGGAGGCGAUGACCUCUCGAACACCGACGAGCAGGUUUUGGAUCUCGGGGCCCAGAUGCACCGAAACUUCGUCCCCCGGGCCUCACGCGGAGUACUCACCGCUGAAGACCACGACUGCGACCUUCCGAAAAUCCGUGGCUUCGCGUUUGCGGAGGUCGUGAACGCCAGGGAAACCUCACCCUCUCUUGCCCAGAGGAUGGUCACGCACUCCUGGCGCAACAAGUUUACGCACCUCAUUGCCGCCGUCCUGGCCGAUGCCUUGGACGUGGAGAAGUAUGAUGAGAUUGCUGACCUUCUCACGCACCACGAGUUUGGCACCUUGAAUGCCAAGCUAGUAGCAUCUGGCAAGCUGGAUAUUCGCUAUUGGAUCUGUGCUUUCUCGGUGAACCAGCAUGCCGGAAUUUGCGCGAGCCCUCCGCCGACCGAUUCUACCGGCCAUGCUAUCACGCCCUGCCACUGUUCGACGCCGAAGCAUUUCGACGGCGACCUCAGCGAGAUGAACAAGUUCGAUGACAUGAUGGCCUACCUGAAGAUAUCCUUACGCAAGCAGGGGGAGGUCCGGCUCCAGCAGGUGAUCGCCUGUGAGUCGGACUUCUCCUUGUUUCAGAGAGUGUGGUGCCUCGCAGAGUUGAUGGAGGCCCAUGCACUGCACCUUCCGCAGGCUGUGAAAAUUCACUCGGCCGCGGCUCGGGAUCGGUGCGUGGACAUGCUGGUGCAUCUCGACGUGAACAGCGCCGAGGCAUCUUUUCCCGCAGACAAGGAGCGUGUCCUCAGCAAGAUUGAGGACACGGCGGGUUUCAAUGCGGGCCUUCAGGAUCUCGUGCUGCAUCGACUGGAACGGUUUUUACGGGGAGAUCAGGCGCGCUCCUCCGCGGCAUUCUUUGAUGAGGUUGUGCUGGCGGCGGUCAGUGUGGCCUUCUAA